AUGAGGAAAGCAGUUUCAAGAAUAAUACCGGGACGGCUGAAGAGCUUUCUCGAUGGUCCGAGUACGGGGCCUGCUCCGGCAUCUGGCGCCGGUCCCGUGCAGACUCCCAACACCGCUUCCUCGUCUCCUUUUAGGAUAGACUUCAAUUCAGUUUCUGACUUCUACAUUGUCCUUGAUAAACCCCAUAACUCAUGGCUCCCAGGCGAUGAAGUAUCGGGCCAGAUUAUCUUGAUUACAAAGAAAAAUUUAGCUAAUAUUGUUAUCACUCUUUCACUAGUGGGCUAUGUUAAGAUCAACGGAUUAUCUCAUUCAAAAUUAAGACCUGUGAAACACAGCUUGUUUAACCAUACCAUCAAGAUUUAUGGCGAUGACUUACAACCGACAGAACGCUCGGAUGGUCUAUCGAGUGGGUUAUAUAAGGGAGAACACCGAUUCCCCUUUAUUGUAAAGUUACCAAACAAACGCAUCUAUACUAGCAUUGAUUUCGGAAAAGGGUCAAUUACUUACUUACUCAAGGCCACUAUGAGUGACUCAAACAUGGUAUAUGCUCAGUCAAACACUCCUGGAGAUUCCAACCCUUCAUCUCCAGGCUUACUUGCCAAAACAAAGAACCUUAAGAUCCUCAACAACUCCAAUUAUAGUUCAGAGAAAUUGAUUAACUUGAUAAACCCCAUAGAUGUGAGCACUCUUUUGCCACCAAAGACAAAGAGACUAAUAAUCAAGGAUCCUAGGUAUAACAGAAGACUUUCUCGGACUCAAAGUUCCAAUUCUACCAUAAAUACCUUCAACACCUUUGGCACUUUUUCCUCAAAUAACUCUGACCCGAACGAGAACACCAAUUCGAAUUCAAACUCCCCACGAGAUCAAGAAAUGGGCGAAAGCCUUGAAAACCAACCAGAUGACCACAACGAAACUCCAACCACUCCUCAUGCUCCUUCAAAUAGCGUGGAUUAUGCCUCUAAACCAAAUACUAUCAAAGUAUCAUUAGCAAUUCCUGAAAAAGGUUAUUUGAGAGGUGAGCUAAUUCCAGUCAAAUUGAAUAUCAAUCAUCUUCGAAAGGUUCAGGAUGUGAAUGGAAUCAUUAUCACCUUUGUUAGGGUUUGUAGGUUGGAAAGUGGUCCCGAUGGAAUUUACGAUUCGUUUAGAAAGGACUUGGGUCAGAAGGUCAUCCCCAUAUACGUGGAUCCAAUUAAUUUCAAGGCAGAAAUCAGUACGAACAUAAGAGUACCAGCUGACUGCUUUCCUACCAUCAGUGGAUGCCCCUUAGUGUCGUUUCAAUAUUUUGUUGAAGUGUUGAUUAACUUGUCUGGAAAGUCCGUUUCAUUGGUAGACAAUGAACAGACAAAAUCGUCUGUGGUAAGUGAAACCGGAAGACAGUCUCCAAUAUAUCUGUCAACGGUAUCAGAUUUCAACCAUAAAGCUACAUCGAGUUUCAUCAAUACUGAUAAGUUCAAACAUCUGAAGAAGUUUUUGCAGUUAACUUCAGAAGUGGUGAUUGGAACUCAUAGGCUGCAAAAAGAUUCCGACUCUUCUGCUUCGGUCUCAAAUCCUUUGAGUCUGGAUAUACCUUUGGAAACACCACCUUCCCGAGGAUCAUCAUUGAGGUCUGAAAGCUCUCCAAUAGUGCCUGCGGCCCAAUCACAUGCGGCCCAAAUCAUUCCACAACCAUUGUUCAACGUAAUUCCAGAAGCCAUGGAGAUUAACCAUUUCAAUGGCAGAGCUCCUGAUUAUAAUGAAAUCCAUAAUGAGAGUGGGUUGUUACCAUUCCCUGAGCAACCAGCGAUGUCAGAGAAAGAUCAAAUGAGAGCUCAUGAGAGGAGUCUUUUACCAUCUGAGCCUUUCUUGUCUGUUAAUGACGUUGAAUCGAGGGAGUCUGUCAGUCCAAUCAUGGAAAAUGCCCAGCUUCUCGAACCAUCAACUCCUCCUCAAGAGACAAAUGGUGGAACCGACUUCAACUUUUUCAGCAACGAACAAUCACCGAAUAACAACGAACAAGAAGACCAAUACAGUCAGAUUGACUAUGUUCCAAACUAUGAAAGAUCUAAUAAUGAUCCGCUAGUCGAGGGUAACUCGACCUCAGAACAUUGA